AGGACCAGAAGGAGGAUAGCAAUUCCCGUCGCCUUGGCUACGGCCAGUGGUCCCUCCCCUGCUAACUGCUGCUAUUUUGGGCAGCAUCAGUAUCCCAGCUGUGGUACUGCACUCUCUGCUGCAGCUAGAAGGAGGGCUACUUGACGGUGCAGGAAACCCAAGUCUGAGGACGAGCGCACGUCGGAACAGUGCUGGCGGCAGGGACAUUCACGGAGCAGGACAAAGUGAGGCAAUCCCUGGGGGCCCUGCGAAGCCUCCCUGUAGGGUGUGGGGGGCUCAGCUUGGGCCCCCGAAGUGAGAUCCCUGGCUGUGCAGACUGUGGGGUAGCCAUGGGGGGUGCUGGCCCCCAUGUGCACGACUGGGGAUCAGAGCGGAUAGAGCCCUGUGGCAUCAGCUGCAGCACUCGUCAAAGCCCCCAAGUGACAUGCGAAGCUCGUAUCCCAGCAACAGAAACCACCCCUGCUGCAGGAGUGAACGUUGUAGUCGUGGUUGAUGGGAACUGCAUCCUCCAAUACACCCACCGGCAAUCACCUUGUUCCUGCCUCUCUGAUGGGGAGCCUUUGUUACCCCGUCGCCCACCUUCAACCUACGGUGCUGUGCCCCCCAGCCCCACUAUUCCCCGGGGCCCAGCAUGUGGCCAAGAAGCUGGACCACCCCCAUCCCGCAGGAUCCGUGGGCUUAGCGUUCGCUGUUGCACCAAAGCAUGCCUGGGUGAUGAGGAGGAUUAUACUGAGCGGCACUUCCUCCGAAGGGCAACCUGCAGCCGCCUCACCCCGGUUCCCCUGCCCUGCAGCCCCUCUGGGCCCUGGUUUGGAGUGGGGUGUCUCAGCGGGGGCAGGCCAGGUGCUCGGGUUGUGAAGAUAUGGGACCGACAGAGAUGCCCUUUACUGGAAGAAGGAGACGUCAUCGCUAAGGUGAACGGAGCAGAUGUCCGGGAUCUGAGCCCUGGAGAAGUGGAGACUGUCUUACAAGAGCAUACACGAGCCGGGGAUGUGAUCCUCCUGGUGGAGAGGAAAGAUGACUCUUCGUGGUACUGUGUGCUUGUGGAAUUCUUGUGA